AUGUUCUACGAUCUCAACGUUCCCUAUAGCUCGGAUGAUCCCGAGAUCUCCCACACCUUGAAUUUCCUUGCGGAGAUCGGUUACACAACCGUUGCGCUCACUCAGACGAUCAGUGGAAAACUCCCUCCAAACCUAGCACCUCCAGCCGCGCCCGCAAAUGCUCCGAAAUCCCUAAACUUACUCACUCGUCUGAAUCUCAUCCUCUCCGAUCCCUCACAAAACCAGCGCCUUACCAGCCUGACACAAGCAUAUGAUUUGGUCGCGCUACGUCCCACGAACGAGAAGUCACUGCUGAACGCUUGUACUAACUUGGAAUGUGACCUGAUCUCCCUUGACUUCUCCGAGCGAAUUCCAUUCCAUUUCAAAUUCAAGAUGCUCUCUGCUGCCAUUGAACGUGGUAUUCGGUUUGAGAUUUGCUACGGAUCCGGCAUCACGGGAAGCGGACUUGACGCGCGACGGAACCUCAUCGGGAAUGCUAUGUCGCUUAUUCGGGCCACGCGCGGGAGGGGUAUUAUCAUAUCAAGUGAGGCUAGAAGGGCAUUGGGGGUGCGCGCGCCUUGGGAUGUGAUCAAUCUGGCAUGCGUCUGGGGUCUGUCACAGGAACGUGGCAAGGAGGCAAUCUGCGAAGAAACAAGGAAGGUGACUGCUCUGGCGAAGCUUAAGCGGACCAGCUGGCGUGGGGCUAUCGAUGUCGUCUACGGGGGGGAGAAACCAAAGGUCGAAGACGCACAACCAAAGAAGAAGGGAGCGCCUAAAAAGGCUAUACCUCAAACAGAAGCAAAUGCGGACAAUCUGAAGAGGAAAGCGGAGCCAACACCUGAAGAGGCCGAGAAGUCGCUGUCGAAACGGGAGCAGAAGCGUAGAGCAAAGAAAGUACGAUUAGACGGUGCAGGAGGUAGUGCUGCGGACGACAAAACUGGCAGCUAGUUGAUUGACGGGCCAUAAAGUUACGUCGUUAAGUCAUACAGAAGCCACAAAAUGCGAAUCGCGCGU